GUAUUCUUGUACCAGGUUGAUAUUGACAAAUUGGACUACAGCCUUUAUUUGCCAUUGUUUUUCGACGGUCUCUGUGAAACUGAACAUCCGUAUAAAACCUAUGCUCGCCAAGGAGUAUCCGACCUCUUAUUAGCUGGUGGAGAUAAAAUAGCACCCGUAAUACCACAAUUGAUUUUACCCUUAAAAAAUGCCCUAAGUACGAAAAAUUUGGAAGUCAUGUGUACAACAUUGAAGAUCAUACAACAAUUGGUAUUAUCAUCAGAUCAAGUUGGUCCAGCACUUGUGCCAUUUUAUCGGCAAUUGUUGCCAAUGUUUAACGCCUACAAAGUUAAAAACUUAAAUUGUGGUGAUGAAAUCGACUAUGCCCAAAAGAAUAACAUGAAUCUGGGAGAUUUGAUUGACGAAACAUUACAGGUUCUUGAGCUUCAUGGUGGUGAAGAUGCUUUUAUUAAUAUUAAAUAUAUGGUUCCAACAUAUGAAUCGUGUUAUUUGAAUUGA